AUGAGUGAAGAGAGUUUGUUCGAGGUUUCGAAUCAAAAUGGUGAAUAUGAGACUACAGAUUACUCUAGCCAGCAUGCGAAGCUGGCGCCCCACUUCAUUGGGUACAACAAUUUGCAGACCGCGGAAGAGUCUCCUUUAAAGAAUUUCGUCAGAACUCACGGUGGCCACACAGUUAUAUCGAAAGUGCUUAUUGCCAAUAACGGUAUUGCUGCAGUGAAGGAGAUUCGUUCGGUGAGGAAAUGGGCUUACGAAACAUUUGGUAACGAAAGGGCAGUGCAAUUUGUUGCGAUGGCCACACCAGAAGAUUUGGAGGCCAACGCUGAGUACAUUAGAAUGGCUGAUCAAUACGUAGAAGUUCCAGGUGGUACAAAUAACAACAACUAUGCUAACGUUGAUCUUAUCGUCGACAUCGCUGAAAGAGCAGAUGUAGAUGCCGUCUGGGCAGGUUGGGGUCACGCUUCAGAGAACCCACUGCUGCCGGAAAGUUUGGCUAGAUCAAAGAGGAAAGUUAUCUUCAUUGGGCCUCCGGGCAAUGCAAUGAGGUCGCUAGGUGAUAAGAUUUCUUCUACCAUCGUUGCCCAACACGCAAAGGUCCCCUGUAUACCUUGGUCUGGUACUGGUGUCGAUGAAGUUAAAGUCGAUGAAGAAACUAACUUGGUCUCGGUGGAAGAUUCCGUUUACGCAAAGGGUUGCUGUUCUUCUCCAGAGGAUGGUUUAAUAAAGGCCAAAGAGAUCGGUUUCCCAGUGAUGAUUAAAGCCUCCGAAGGUGGUGGUGGUAAAGGUAUCAGGAAAGUUGAGCGCGAAGAGGAUUUCAUCUCGUUAUAUCACCAAGCCGCCAAUGAAAUUCCUGGCUCUCCUAUCUUCAUCAUGAAAUUGGCUGGCAAGGCACGUCACUUGGAAGUGCAAUUGCUAGCAGAUCAAUACGGUACAAAUAUCUCGCUGUUUGGUCGUGACUGUUCCGUGCAAAGACGUCAUCAAAAGAUUAUAGAAGAGGCCCCAGUGACAAUCGCUAAACCCGACACUUUCACCGAAAUGGAGAAGGCUGCGAUUAGAUUAGGUAAACUGGUCGGUUAUGUCUCCGCUGGUACUGUCGAGUAUUUAUAUUCUCAUGAUGAUGACAAAUUUUAUUUCUUGGAAUUAAAUCCAAGAUUACAAGUGGAGCAUCCAACUACAGAGAUGGUUUCAGGUGUUAAUCUACCUGCUGCUCAAUUGCAAAUUGCGAUGGGUAUUCCAAUGCACAGAAUUCGUGAUAUUAGAGAGCUGUACGGAUUGAACCCACAUACUGCUACCCCAAUCGAUUUUGAGUUCAAAUCCGAACAAUCCUUGAAAACUCAAAGAAGGCCAAUUCCAAAGGGCCACUGCACCGCUUGUCGUAUUACUUCGGAAGAUCCAAAUGAAGGUUUUAAGCCAUCCGGUGGUUCUUUACAUGAUUUAAAUUUCCGUUCUUCCUCAAAUGUUUGGGGUUACUUCUCUGUUGGUAAUAAUGGUGGUAUUCAUUCAUUUUCCGAUUCGCAGUUUGGUCAUAUUUUUGCCUUCGGUGAAAAUAGACAGGCCUCAAGGAAGCAUAUGGUUGUCGCUUUGAAAGAAUUAUCGAUCAGAGGUGAUUUUAGAACCACUGUCGAAUAUUUAAUCAAACUACUGGAGACUGAAGAUUUCGAGGAAAACACCAUCACCACUGGUUGGUUAGAUGACUUAAUUUCUCAGAAAAUGACAGCUGAAAAGCCAGAUCCAACAUUAGCUGUUAUUUGUGGAGCUGCUACUAAGGCUUUUAUUGCAUCUGAAGCGGCUCGUCAGGACUAUAUCGACUCCUUGAAGAGAGGCCAAGUGCCGGCAAAGACUUUGCUACAGACUAUGUUCCCAGUGGAAUUUAUUCAUGAAGGUAAAAGAUACAAGUUCACUGUUGCGAAAUCUGCAGAUGAUCGUUAUACUCUCUUCAUCAAUGGUUCUAAGUGCGAAGUUCGUGCUCGCAAACUUUCUGAUGGCGGUCUCUUGAUUGCCGUUGGCGGUAAAUCUCACACAAUCUACUGGAAGGAGGAAGUCGCCGCAACGAGACUCUCUGUUGACUCAAUGACGACGCUGUUAGAAGUUGAAAAUGAUCCCACGCAACUACGUACCCCAUCUCCAGGUAAACUGGUCAAAUUCUUGGUUGAGAAUGGUGACCACAUUACUGCCGGUCAGCCAUACGCUGAAGUUGAAGUGAUGAAAAUGCAAAUGCCCUUGAUCGCACAAGAAAGCGGUGUAGUUCAAUUGUUGAAGCAACCUGGUUCCACCAUUGCUGCCGGUGACAUUAUUGCAAUCUUGAGUCUGGAUGACCCUUCAAAGGUGAAGCAUGCUUUGCCAUUCGAAGGUAUGCUACCAGAUUUGGGAGCCCCAAUUAUCGAGGGUACAAAACCAGCCUACAAAUUCAAGUCCUUGGUUACAACUCUUGAGAACAUAUUGAAGGGCUAUGAUAACCAAGUGAUCAUGAAUGCCUCUUUGCAACAAUUAAUUGAGGUUUUGAGGGAUCCAAAAUUGCCUUACUCUGAGUGGAAGCUACAAAUUUCUGCUCUACAUUCGAGAUUACCAGCAAAGCUUGAUGAGCAAUUGGAACAAUUAGUCGAUCGUUCUGCUAAACGUUCUGCUAUAUUUCCAGCCAGGCAGCUAACUAAGUUAAUGGAAAGCGCUUUGAAACAACCAGACUCAGACAGCAUGCUGGGCGUUGUGGUGGAGCCAUUGUUGGAAAUUACAAGACGCUAUGCGAAUGGUUUGGCUGCUCACGAACACUCUGUGUUUGUCAAGUUCCUGGAGGAGUACUAUAACGUUGAAAAACUGUUCAACGGUCCAAAUGUUCGCGAAGAGAACGUCAUUUUGAAGUUGCGUGAUGAAAACAUUGAUAAUUUAGAAAAGGUUGUACUGAUUGUUUUAUCACAUGCAAAGGUUUCAGCAAAGAACAAUUUGAUUCUAGCAAUUUUGAAGCAUUACCAACCUCUCUGUAAGAUAUCUUCAGAUGUUGCUUCCAUUAUUUCCGCUCCAUUAAAGCACAUUGUGGAAUUGCAAUCCAAGGCUACCGCUAAGGUAGCCUUGCAAGCUAGGGAGAUCUUGAUUCAAGGCGCAUUGCCCUCAGUCAAGGAAAGAACAGAGCAGAUUGAACACAUCCUAAAAUCUUCUGUCGUUCAGACUUCUUAUGGAGCCACGAAACCAAAGCGCACUGAACCUGACAUGGAAAUUUUGAAGGAUUUGAUUGAUUCCAACUAUGUGGUGUUCGAUGUUUUGACCCAAUUUUUGAGUCACCGCGAUCCUGCUGUCGCUGCUGCUGCUGCUCAAGUUUACAUUCGUAGAGCUUAUAGAGCUUACACGAUCGGAGAUGUCCAUGUUCACAAUACAAAUAAUCCGAUCUGCGAAUGGAAGUUCCAGUUGCCAUCCGCAGCUUUCACAGCAAUUCCUCAGAUGAAAUCUAAGCUGGGCAUGAACAGAGCGAUGUCUGUUUCUGACCUGACUUACACUGCUGAUAGCCAGAGCUCGCCGUUGAGAACAGGUAUCUUAGUGUCUGCCGAGCACCUCGACGAUGCUGACGAUGCUUUAUCUCAAAGUCUGGAGGUCAUUCCAAGAAACAGCUCGUCUGCUAACGGUCCAGCUCCAGACAGAUCCGGAAGCACUCAAUCUUUGAGCAAUGUCGCCAACAUUUAUGUCCACUCAACCGAUGGAUUUGAGUCAGAACAGGAAGUCUUGAAGAGAUUGAGUGAAAUUUUGGAAACCAAUAAGCAAGAACUUAUCUCAUCCGCUAUUCGUCGUAUCACCUUCAUGUUUGGAUACAGCGAUGGUUCUUAUCCAAAGUAUUACACUUUCAAGGGCCCAAGCUAUAAUGAAGAUGAAACAAUUCGUCAUAUCGAGCCUGCUCUGGCUUUCCAGUUGGAGUUAGGAAGAAUGUCGAAUUUUAACAUCAAGUCGAUUUUCACUGAAAACAGAAACAUCCAUGUUUAUGAAGCAGUUGGUAAGACAUCUCCUUUAGAUAAGAGAUUCUUUACCAGAGGUAUCAUUAGAACUGGACGUAUUCGCGAUGACAUUUCCAUCCAAGAGUAUCUGACUUCUGAAGCAAACAGAUUGAUGAGCGAUAUUCUGGAUAACCUUGAAAUUAUUGACACCUCAAAUUCUGACUUGAACCAUAUCUUCAUUAACUUUUCUGCCGUUUUCGACGUUUCUCCAGAAGAUGUCGAGGCCGCCUUUGGCGGCUUCCUGCAAAGGUUCGGAAAGAGGCUGUUGAGAUUGAGAAUCGCAUCUGCCGAGAUCCGUAUUAUCAUUCAAGACCCACAAACUAAAACUCCGGUUCCUCUGCGCGCUUUGAUUAACAAUGUUUCCGGCUAUGUUGUCAAAACAGAACUGUAUACCGAGGUGAAGAAUGCGAAGGGCGAGUGGGUCUUCAAGUCGUUAGGUAAACCAGGAUCUAUGCACUUGAGGCCAAUCGCUACCCCAUACCCUGUAAAGGAAUGGUUGCAACCAAAGCGUUACAAAGCACACUUGAUGGGCACAACUUACGUUUACGAUUUUCCAGAUUUGUUUCAUCAAGCUGCUGUCUCCCAGUGGGAAAAAUACUCUCCAGAAACAAAGCUAGCUGAUGAUUUCUUCGUUGCUAACGAAUUGAUUGAAGAUGAAAAUGGCGAAUUGACCGAAGUUGAUCGGGAGGCUGGUGCCAAUGCAAUCGGUAUGGUUGCAUUCAAGAUUACUGUUAAGACUCCUGAAUACCCUCGUGGUCGUCAGUUCGUCGUUGUUGCUAAUGAUAUCACUUUCAAAAUUGGUUCAUUUGGCCCACAGGAAGAUGAAUUCUUUAACAAAGUUACUGAGUAUGCCAGAAAACGUGGUAUUCCAAGAAUAUACUUGUCUGCCAACUCUGGUGCUAGAAUCGGUAUCGCCGAAGAAUUAGUGCCUUUAUUCCUGGUUGCUUGGAAAGAUGCCUCCGACUCCACUAAAGGUUUCGACUACCUAUAUUUGACCAGCGAAAACUUGCAAGAAUUGAAGAAAUAUGGUAAAGAUAAUGCCGUGGUCACUGAGCGCAUAGUUGAAGAAGGCCAGGAGAGGCAUGUCAUCAAAGCAAUCAUCGGUGCCGAUGACGGCCUGGGUGUGGAAUGUUUGAAGGGAUCUGGCUUGAUUGCAGGUGCUACCUCAAAAGCUUACCACGAUAUUUUCACCAUAACUCUGGUUACAUGUAGAUCUGUUGGUAUCGGUGCCUACUUGGUUAGAUUAGGUCAAAGAGCCAUUCAAAUUGAGGGUCAACCAAUCAUCUUGACCGGUGCACCAGCAAUUAAUAAGGUUUUGGGUAGAGAAGUUUACUCCUCCAACCUUCAACUCGGUGGUACCCAGAUCAUGUACAAUAAUGGUGUUUCGCAUUUAACAGCAGCAGAUGACUUGGCUGCUGUUGAAAAAAUUUAUGAAUGGUUGUCUUACAUUCCUGCCAAGCGCAACAUGCCCGUGCCAAUCCUCGAAACCCAAGACAAAUGGGAUCGUGCAAUUGAGUAUGCUCCGCAAGAAAACGAGGCUUACGACGUCAGAUGGAUGAUUGCUGGUCGUGACACUGAGGAAGGUUACCAAUCCGGUCUCUUUGAUAAAGGUAGUUUCUUCGAAACUUUGUCCGGCUGGGCGAAGGGUGUUGUCGUUGGUAGAGCACGUCUGGGAGGUAUUCCACUGGGUGUCAUCGCUGUCGAAACCAGAAUGAUUGAAAACUUGAUCCCAGCUGAUCCAGCUAAUCCUAGCUCAACUGAGACCUUGAUCCAGGAAGCUGGUCAAGUGUGGUAUCCAAAUUCUGCUUUCAAGACCGCCCAAGCAAUUAACGAUUUCAAUCACGGUGAGCAACUACCUCUAAUGAUUCUAGCUAACUGGAGAGGUUUCUCAGGUGGCCAACGUGAUAUGUACAAUGAGGUCUUAAAAUACGGUUCCUUCAUUGUCGAUGCCUUGGUUGACUAUAAGCAGCCAAUCAUGAUUUAUAUUCCACCAACCGGUGAAUUGAGAGGUGGUUCUUGGGUUGUCGUUGAUCCAACCAUCAAUCCAGAGCAAAUGGAAAUGUACGCUGAUGUUGACUCUAGGGCUGGUAUUCUAGAACCUGCAGGUAUGGUUGGUGUCAAGUACCGUAGAGAGAAACUACUCGGAACUAUGGCCAGAUUGGAUCCAACUUACAAAGCGUUGAAACAAAAACUGGCUGAUUCAUCGCUAUCGAGCGAAGAACAUCAAGAGAUCUCCAAAAAACUUGCCAGCCGCGAACAAUUACUAUCACCAAUUUACAGUCAAAUCAGUGUACAAUUCGCCGACCUACACGAUAGGUCAACCCGUAUGUUGGCUAAAGGCGUAAUCAGAAAGGAAUUACAUUGGACAGAGGCCCGUCGCUUCUUCUUCUGGAGAUUGAGACGUAGAUUGAAUGAAGAAUAUUUGAUCAAGAGAUUAGAUGCCGAAUUGCCACUAGCGUCGAGAUUAGAGAAGAUUGCUAGACUGAGAUCAUGGUACCCAGCAUCUGUUGAUCACGAAAAUGAUAGACAAGUUGCCACUUGGAUAGAAGAAAACUAUCAGCUACUGGAUGAGCAUUUGAAAUCCUUGAAAGUAGAAUCGUUUGCUCAAGGCUUGGCCAAGUCUCUAAGAAACGAUCACGAUAAUGUUAUUAACGGACUGUCCGAAGUGUUGAAGAUGUUGUCCACCGAAGACAAGGAAAAGAUUUCCAAAUGUCUGAAAUAA